UAUGACAUUUUGACGCAUUUGCGAGAACGCGUGUUUUAGUGUACAUUAUUUAAGAACUUAAAAAGAAGCAAUUAAUAUCGAAUUGAUGCCAACAAAUUGGAAUAUCUAUCGACUGUUUUUGUUUUCGUUAUCAAAUUAAUUUCCAGUUUUGUGAAAAUAAUACUUUUUCUCUUUGAAAUUAUGGUCUAAGAUUGUUAGGCUGGAUUAAAACUGAAUACAAGUACGGAUUUUAGUUUGAUUGAAAAAAGAAGUAGAGUAAAACUAAUAGUAAAUGAAGAGUUUGAUUUGAAAAAAAAAGGAAGAAGAAGAAGAAAAUAAAAAGAACAAGAUUUUUCACUGUUAAAAUGCCUGGAGAACGGAUGGAGUUUUCGGAUAUGAAAUACAGCAGCGAGACAAACUUGACAAACGGACAGAAGAACAAGCAGGGAUGCUACGUCUCGACGCCUAUGGGUUUUUUGAUGCUUCUGUUAGCGCUCGCUAUAGCUGUGGGCGUGGGGAUAAUAGUACAUUUUGCCGGGAACGGGCGAAGUGUCGUCUGUCAAUGCGGUUCCGCAGACGUCGUUCCCAGCGACCCACAGAAGUUGAUGGCUGCCUGCAAGAAACAAGUGAUGGAUGGAGAAACCGGCGUCUGCGCAGUCUGCAAAGACGUCACCACUUCGCCCACCGCCGAACCGACAACUCCGCCGAAAGUUACCGACGUCAGAAUUCCGACAGAUCUCGAACCAAUCCUGUACACGAUCGAACUGCAGCCGAACAUGUACGAAGGUGACGUCAAACAGUUCACAUUCGACGGCUACGUGAGGAUAAAGAUGAAAUGCGUGAGGCCCACCAAACAGGUCACGCUACAAAUAAAAGCACUGAACCUCACGGAAAGCACUCUGAAGUUUGAAGCCAUCUCCGGACAAGAACCGGUGAUUUCGAAGACGGAGUACGAUCACGAGAGAGAAUUCGUGAUCUUCCACCUGAGCGAGAUGUUGGUGAAAGACCGGAUGUACAGUAUUGAGAUGAGAUACGUAGCCCGUCUGAAGAACCAGUUGCAGGGUCUCUAUUUGUCAGAGUACAAGAGGAAUAACCAAACAGUCUAUCUGGCCGCGACACAACUGCAGCCGACAGACGCACGUGCGGUGUUUCCUUGUUUUGACGAACCUGCCAUCAAGGCCAAGUUUGACGUCACUCUCGUAAGGAAACCGGAAAAAAUCUCCUUGUCGAACAUGCCGAUAUUGCGGAACGAGACCAGAUCAAAUGGUUUUGUGGCUGAUAUUUUCGAAACAUCACCAAAGAUGUCGACAUACCUUCUGGCCUUCAUUGUGUGUGACUUUGAGUACAAAGAACAAGUGACGAAACGCGGAGUUAUGUACAAAGCGUGGUCGACCCCGGCGGCUGUGGAACAGACGAGCUACGCCCUGGACGUGGGUGUCAAAAUCCUCACAUACUACGAGGACUACUUCAACAUCAGCUUCCCACUGCCCAAACAAGACAUGAUCGCGAUACCGGACUUCUCGGCGGGCGCCAUGGAGAACUGGGGUCUGAUCAUCUACCGCGAGACCGCCAUGCUGUACUCGCCCAGAGUCUCGUCCGAGGGAAACAAGCAGAGAGUCGCCGUAGUUGUCUCCCAUGAGUUGGCGCAUCAGUGGUUUGGUGAUCUGGUGACCCCGUCGUGGUGGGAUGACCUCUGGCUAAACGAGGGAUUCGCGAGCUUUGUCGAGUACAUGGGAGUCAACCACGUGCAUCCAGAAUGGAAAAUGUUUGAACAGUUUGUUGUGGAAGACCUGCAGAGUGUAUUUAACUUUGAUGCUCUUGUGACGUCACAUCCCGUGUAUGUUCCAGUCAACCACCCCGAUGAGAUUAAUGAAAUAUUUGACCGAAUAUCUUACGCAAAGGGAGCCUCCAUCAUCCGAAUGAUGCGGUUCUUUUUGGGAGAGGACACCUUCAGGAAGGGAAUAACAAAAUACUUAAAACGUAAGGAAUAUGACGCGGCGUUCCAUGACGACCUGUGGCAAGCCUUAACUGAACAAGCGACAGAAGACGGUAAGAGUAUCAAUGUGAAGGACGUGAUGGACACGUGGACACUGCAGAUGAACUACCCCACCAUCCGGGUGACUCGAGCGAACGCCAACACACUGAAGAUUUCCCAGUCGAGAUUUCUUAAAGACCCUACUGCCACAGAUCCUGGCAAAUUCAUCUCUACGUUUGGCUACAAAUGGGAUGUGCCUUUUACCUACACAACCAGCUCCAUCAAAAACUUCAACCAGACCGAUGCAGAUGUUACCUGGUUGAAAAAAACCCAAACUAAUAGAAUGGUACAAAGUGCCAAUCUUCCUGCUAUGGGCGACACCAAUGGCUGGAUUAUUGGUAACGUGAUGCAGUAUGGAUUCUACCGAGUUAACUAUGAUGACCAGAACUGGAAGGCACUCAUCAGACAGCUAAAGACAAACCACGCGGUAAUUCACCCGAUAAACCGUGCUCAGAUUAUCAAUGACGCCUUUAAUCUGGCAACAUCUGGCGACCUAUCACUGGAGAUCGCUCUGAAGACUCUGGAGUACACAGACAAAGAGAAGGACUACGUUCCACGAGUCGCCUUCAACCGGGAAGUCGACCAGCUGGCCCUUAUGUUGAGGAAAACGCCCAUGUACGGAGCCUUCGAGGCAUUCAUUAAAGAUAAGAUCAUGGGAAUAUUUAAUGAGGUCACGAUGAACAACACCGGUGCUACUCAUCUCGAGUCAUAUAUUCGCAGUAUUGUGGCAUCCAUGGCCUGUGAUUAUGGUGUAACUCAGUGCAUUGACGAGUCAAAGCGUCUAUUUAGGCAGUGGAUGCAAAACCCAAAUCAUAAUCCAAUUAACCCGGGACUCAAGUCGACUGUGUACUGCGCGGCUAUAGAGCACGGCGGAGUGGCUGAGUGGGACUUCGCGUUCGACCAGUACAACAAGGCGCACGUUGCAGCGGAAAAAUCACGACUUCUAUCUUCUUUAUCGUGUUCCACCGAAACCUGGAUCAUCAGCAGGUAUCUCGAAUGGGCCCUGACGCCAUCUAAAAUCAGAAAACAAGACGGCCUCUCUGUGGUGGGUUACAUAUCAAACAAGCCUAUAGGCCAGGCAUUGGCAUGGGACUUUUUCAGAAACCGCUGGGACGAUAUCAGGAGAGAUUACGGUGGUUCGUUUUUCGCUUUCACCAGUCUAGUCGGUCGUCUGACGAAAACGUUCAACACAGAUUUCCAACUGUCAGAGCUCCAGCAUUUCAUGGACACUCACCCGAACCAAGGGUCAGGGACACGGGCCUUCCAGCAAGCCGUGGAGAAGACGCGCGUCAACAUCAAGUGGAUGAAGCAGAACAGCAACGUCAUCAAGACGUGGCUGUCGUCGUUAGGCUUAUAAGCAGGGAUUCAUCAAGGAUCUUCUGCCCCACUGUCAGACUUUCCAGAGAAUUCUAGCAGGGAUUUGUUUUGGAUCACCUGGCUUUCCAGAGGAUUCUAGCAGGGAUUUGUUAGGGAUCUCCUCAGUCUGAUUAAAAUUAGCUCUACUGGGUCUACCAGUAGAUCUAACAGCAUUGCAUUGACUCCCAUGUCCAGGUGACAUUUCAUCUAUAAAUAAUAAUUUAAAUAUCGACCAGUUACACUUCGCCU